AGUUGAAGAAAAUUAUGCACUGUUGAAAAAAGAAUUUUCAGAAUAUGCAUGGAGAGAUCUUGCUGAAGCUACGCUAACUUACAUACAAGUUUUCAACCGAAAACGAGCAGGAGAACUUGAAAGACUUUUGAUAUCUGAUUUUCAAAAUAAACAGUCAGUUCCAGAUGAUGAUGAAACCUAUCAUAAACUUUCAAAAUACAAUCAACAGGCUGCUAAACAAUAUGUGCGAAUCGAAAUACGAGGGAAACUCAAUCGAGUUGUUCCAAUACUAUUAAAUUCAAAGAUGCGUGACAGUAUUGAACUUCUUUUGAAAUAUCGCAAAAAAAUGGGUAUUUCCUCGAAAAAUCCUUACGUUUUUGGUUUGCCAAAUUCCAAUCCAAAGCGUCAUCGAUUUUUGAGAGCAACUGUGUUGAUACGAAAAUUUUCGAAUUACUGUGGAGCCAAAAAGCCAUCUACAUUACGCGGUACUUCUCUGCGCAAGCAUAUAGCAACUAAAUGUGCUGACAUGGAAAUGAAUGAAACAGAAAUUUCAAGGGUAGCUAAUUUUAUGGGACAUCAUGUAGAUAUUCACAAGAAUAUUUAUCGACAACCAGUAGCAAAAGUAGAUAUUCUGUCAAUGUCAAGAGUUCUAGAGAAAGCUCAGAAACAUGAAAGUGAUUCUGACAAUGAGCCUAUUAAAGGUUUUGAUCAGCAAGAUGACUCUAUACUAAAUUUAUUGAAAUAUACACCUGAUACAGAGACAAGCAGCGUUGAUGACUCUACACCAAAUUUAUCGAAAAAUACAUGUAGCACAGAGACAAACAGCACUGAUAAUUUGAAUUUUUCUGAUGACAUGAGGUUCUCUGCUAGGAACGAAAAUGAUUCCUCGCUGGCAUCUUCUAGCAUUGAUCAAAGUGUAUUGAAAAGAAAAAGUGUAAGACUAAGAUCAAAAAUUGAGCGACAAAAAUCCAAGAAAAUUAAUGAAGUAGAUACAUCGACUGAUUAUCAAGAUUCUUCUCUUGAAUUAUCACAUUCAAAGAAACGUAGGCGAUUGAAUGAUGUUGAAGAGUGUUCACAAAAAAAGGUAAAAAGACGUUGGACUAAAGAAGAAAUACAAAGCGCAGGACGUUAUUUCGAUGAUUAUAUUGAAAAUGGUAAUCUUCCUUCUCUAUCUAAAAUUAGAGAAAUUCAAAAAGAUUACAACGUUUUGCAAUCACGAACACCAGUUGUUGUGAAAACUUGGUUACAUAACCAAAUUCGAAAUGCGACAAAACGAAAAAAUACUUCACCGUCAGUGGAAAAAGUAAGGACAAAGAAGAGCCUAUCAAAGGAACAUUGGAAAAAGCAUAUAAAUUACAUUUUUACUCAUCAUCUUAGUAAACGUCGUGUACCAUCCAUUAGUGAAUGUCGAGAUGUAAUUAAGGGAAAUAAAACUUUUUUUGCCCUCUGUAUUAUUUGUUGUUGUUGGGUGAUCAAGGACCUCGUUUAUGAUAUAUUAAGGGAUGCAGAAUGGGAAAAUUAUUCAGAUGACGACUUUGAAGAAUGGAUAGGGGAUGACGAAUGGGACGAUAUGUGUGAUUGGGAUUGGGAUCCAUAUAUAAGAGACGAUGACGGCGAUUUCUAUGAUUGGGGUCUGGUGUGGCUGUUCGAGCCGGAACCUGUACCUGUGUAUGAAAAUUGGGACGAGAUGUCGGAUUGGGACGCAUAUUUAAGAGGCGACGACGAAGCUGAUUGGGGUCUG